UCACAGGGAGUGUCCCACUCACUCACACAUACACUCACACACGCUAUUAACGCUCUCGCUCUCCUUCUUUCUCUCUCCGUUUGUCUCUUCCCCAUGUCAUCUUCAUUUCCUCCUUACAUGAGCUCGCUCAAAAAAGCAAUAUUUGUGAUAGCUGACAGCGUGCAAGCAGAAGCAAGAGGUGAGGAGGGACUGUACUUGGUGCAGACAGAGGAUUUACUUUUCUCAGAAGAACGCCUUUGCCAUUCAAUGUCCCAGAGGAGCUUCAGAGGUGUGAAAACUGCCCUGUGCUGCUGGAUGGUUGACUGAGCUGCGGGUGGAACAUCUGGUGCACAUCUAAAACAAAGUAUCCCUUCCCCACCACAUCAGACCCUUUGAUCUUAAACCCUACUGCCCUAGGUAGAGUGCGAUCUGGUGGGAUGGCAGAGGGUGGUGUGGGUACCUGCCCCCAGGUGUUUGUGGUGGACAGCCAGGCCAACUAUGUCUCUGUGCCAGACAUAAAGAAAUCAAGGUGGGCAGGAGUAGGCCACAAGUUUCUUCUCCUGCUGUUGGGACUCACUGUGUUGGGACUUGUUGUCGAGGGAUACUUAAUCUACAAUCUAUACAAAAAAAUGGAGGCAUUUUCCCUUUGUAUGUCUCAUCCUCUCUGUCAGAACCUGUCCAAGGCAUCUGGUCAACAGGGUAGCACCAUAAUGAGUCUAGUGGCACCUAAAGAGUCCAAUGAGAUUCCCACAGCGAGAUCACAUCUGGAACAGGUCCAACAAAGGCCGUUUGCUCAACUGACAGGCUCCAGUAGCCCUGUAGGGAAAAACAGUGUGGUGCAGUGGGUAUACAAAGGUGGCGAAACCACCACCUACAACAUGGACUACAAAGAUGGCCGGUUGUUGGUCAGGGAGGAAGGUCACUACUACCUCUACUCCAAAGUGACAUUAAAUGCUGCAGAGGAGUGUUCACUUAUCCAGCACAAGGUCAUGAAAGACACCAAGGCCUAUGAUCAAUCUAUAGAACUUAUGAAAUCAAAAAGUUUCCGCUGCUGGACCCCGAAACCUUCAAGUGCAAAGUCUUCGAGUGCUCGAGGUCAGCCUUUGGAAGGGGAUGAUCUGUGGAACAGUUUCCUGGCUGGGAUAUUCCACCUGCAGAGUGGAGAUGAAAUAUUUGUCACACUGGAUGACAUACAGAAGAUACGUCCUGGAACUACUGACAACUUCAUGGGGGCCUUUAUGAUAUCUCCUUAGAUACAUACAGAAAGGCCUCUGUCCCACAUUACAAUCAGAUUCUAUGUCUCUGUGUAUUAAUUUACGCCAAAUGUUGUGGUGAAUAUAUAUAUAUAUACCUAACAUAUAUAUAUAUAUAUCUAAUAUAUACAAUAAAUGUGAAGUAAAUUAUACUGUACUCCAUUAAUGUAUUUGAAUCCAUUAUGAAAAAGCAACAAAUGGUUGUGAUAUCAUAAAAAGUAUCUGAUAUUCAGGUUGUAUGAAUCUACAUGAUGAAUUUGUUACAUAAUGUUGUUGUGUGAAUAAAAUACUGUUUCUUAUCAAACAAAAAA